AUGCAGCCCUUGGCGCGAGCCACUUACGGACACGCGGACUGCACGGCGACUGCGGCCAAACCGCACGUGGGGAAAUCGUUCACCAUUGACGCGCUGCUGGCGAGGCCUGAGCACGCCGAGCGGCCCCGGACCGGCUCCUUCAAGAGCGCGCACAGCCCCGGCGCGCUGCUCCCGGUGUGCCCGCCGCUCCCUCACUACAUGUACAGCCCGAGCUUCGUGCACGCGCAGCCCAGCUACCCGAUCUACUGCUGCCCACCGUACGCCUACCACUCCACCUGCCGAGGCGCUGUUUACUCACAAGACGCAGUCCUGGCUAAAACAAGCGCGCUGCAGCAGCACUACAAGCACAAGGCCGGCAAAUCCAAGAGGAUGCGCACGAGCUUCACCAACGAGCAGCUCUCGCGCCUGGAGAAGGAGUUCGCGCGCCAGCAGUACAUGGUUGGUUCCGAGCGAUUCCUACUAGCGUCCGCACUGCAGCUCACUGAGGCUCAGGUCAAAGUGUGGUUCCAGAACAGGCGAAUCAAGUGGAGGAAGCAGAGUCUAGAGCAGCAGCAGGCCAAACUUGCCAAGCUGGGCCUGGCAGGACCACCCAAAAGCCCCGGCUCUCAGGGCCGCGAGGACGAGGGAGACGAGGACGAGCACGACUUCACCGAGGACUCCGAGGUGGACGUGGACAUCGACGACUCGCUGAACGACUGA